GCAGUCCGCUCUUUUCUGACGUCACCCGCACGCAUGCGUUCUGGGAGGAGGGACGCGCCUUCGGAGGAAGGGCAGGGGGCGGACCUUGGCCCAGGUCUCACGGAGACUGCGCGGACGGGGUCUCCACAGGAACAUGGCGACUUGCGCUGAAAUCCUGCGGAGCGAGUUCCCUGAAAUUGAUGGACAGGUCUUCGAUUACGUGACGGGCGUUUUGCACAGCGGCAGCGCGGACUUCGAGUCAGUGGAUGAUCUGGUGGAAGCCGUGGGGGAACUGUUACAAGAAGUGUCCGGGGACAGCAAAGAUGAUGCGGGCAUCAGGGCCGUUUGUCAGCGCAUGUACAACACUCUGCGCCUCGCUGAGCCACAGAGCCAGGGAAACAGCCAGGUGUUACUGGACGCCCCCAUCCAGCUGUCAAAGAUAACAGAGAAUUAUGACUGUGACCCCAAACUUCCCGGACUGCUAAAGAGGGAACAGUCCUCGACAGUGAACGCGAAGAAGCUAGAGAAGGCAGAGGCACGCCUGAAGGCAAAGCAGGAGAAGCGCUCCGAGAAGGACACCCUCAAGACUAGCAGCCCACUAGUCUUGGAAGAAGCAUCGGCCAGCCAAGCAGGCAGCCGAAAAGAGAAUCGGUUGGAAUCAUCUGGGAAGAACAAAUCUUACGAUGUGCGAAUUGAGAACUUUGAUGUGUCAUUUGGAGAUAGGGUAUUGCUGACUGGUGCAGAUGUGAAUCUGGCGUGGGGCCGCCGCUACGGGCUGGUGGGGCGGAAUGGUCUAGGGAAGACGACAUUGUUGAAGAUGCUGGCCAACCGGAGCCUGCGAGUUCCAGCCCACAUUUCCCUGCUGCAUGUAGAGCAGGAGGUUGCUGGCGACGACACCCCAGCCCUACAGAGUGUGCUGGAGAGUGACACUGUCCGAGAGGACCUUCUGCGUCGGGAACGUGAGCUCAGCGCUCAGAUUGCCUCAGGCAGGGCGGAAGGCUCAGAAGCUGCACAGCUGGUGGAAAUUUAUGCCAAAUUGGAGGAGAUUGAGGCGGACAAGGCACCUGCCAGGGCGUCAGUCAUUCUUGCUGGACUUGGAUUUACCCCUCAAAUGCAGCAGCAGCCCACCCGGGAGUUCUCGGGUGGCUGGAGGAUGCGGUUGGCCCUGGCUCGGGCCCUGUUUGCUCGGCCAGAUCUUCUGCUAUUAGAUGAACCCACCAACAUGUUGGAUGUAAGGGCCAUCCUGUGGCUGGAGAAUUACCUGCAGACAUGGCCUUCCACAAUCCUAGUCGUCUCCCACGACCGCAACUUCCUGAAUGCCAUCGCCACAGACAUCAUUCAUCUGCACAGCCAGCGCCUGGAUGGAUACCGGGGUGACUUUGAGACCUUCAUCAAAAGCAAGCAGGAGAGGCUGCUCAAUCAGCAGCGUGAGUAUGAGGCCCAGCAGCAGUAUCGCCAGCACAUUCAGGUCUUCAUUGACCGGUUUCGCUACAAUGCCAACAGAGCCUCUCAGGUGCAGAGUAAACUCAAGAUGCUGGAGAAGCUACCAGAGCUGAAACCAGUGGACAAAGAAUCCGAGGUGGUGAUGAAGUUCCCUGACGGAUUUGAGAAGUUCUCGCCACCAAUUCUGCAGCUUGAUGAAGUGGAUUUCUACUAUGAUCCUAAGCAUGUCAUCUUCAGCCGUCUGUCUGUUUCUGCUGAUCUUGAGUCCCGCAUUUGUGUGGUUGGGGAGAAUGGGACUGGGAAAUCCACCAUGCUGAAACUGCUUAUGGGAGAACUGUCACCUGUUAGGGGCAUCAGACAUGCUCACAGGAACCUCAAGAUUGGCUAUUUCAGCCAGCACCACGUAGACCAGCUGGACCUGAACGUUAGUGCCGUGGAGCUGCUGGCGCGGAAGUUUCCUGGGCGGCCAGAAGAGGAGUAUCGCCACCAGCUGGGCCGGUACGGCAUCUCUGGAGAACUGGCCAUGCGCCCUGUUGCCAGCUUGUCUGGGGGCCAGAAGAGCCGAGUGGCUUUUGCUCAGAUGACCAUGCCUUGUCCCAACUUCUACAUUCUGGAUGAGCCCACCAACCACUUGGACAUGGAGACCAUUGAAGCUCUGGGCUGCGCUCUCAACAAUUUCAGGGGUGGUGUGAUUCUGGUCUCCCACGAUGAACGCUUCAUCCGGCUGGUGUGCCAAGAGUUGUGGGUAUGCGAAGGAGGUGGCGUCACCCGAGUUGAGGGGGGUUUUGACCAGUACCGUGCGCUUCUCCAGGAACAGUUCCGCCGUGAGGGCUUCCUCUAGGCUGCCCGGACUGAAGACUGUGCCCAGGACAUGAACUGUUCUCUCAGACUCCUGGGUCACCUCAUAAACAACCAACUUACCCCAAUUUGGGGACAGCCUUAUUCCCAAAUCUUUUGACUGGAGUAUCCUCUGCAUUACCCAGGGAGCCUCAUCAAGGGUCUUUGAGGACUGGUCUCCAGGGAGAAGAGGUUGGGGGUGCCCUUUGGGAUUAAAAAUUCCAACUCUCCCAGCUCUGGCUGGGCCCUGAGUGGCUACUGUGUAAAUUAAACCCCCACG